GUGUUUCAUGUGCCGACGCUCCGGGACUGCACGCGGGCUGCCGGCCCCGCGGCUCUUGCUCUUCCACUUGUUGCUGACAUGCCGCGUGUGCGCGCUGGAAUAUCAUGCGGGCCAUGAGGCCCAGCAUGCGACGACUCUCGCCCGACGAGACCGGCGGAGCCGUCGGAGACCGGGCCACCGCCAGAAGCAGGGAGUCCAAAUCGCCCCGGACGGAUCUUCCCGACUCCAGGCGCUCACGCCACUGGAGGACAUGUCGUCCGAGUACACCGGUGCCAUCGGCGUUGGCACUGCAGCAGAUGGGGGGCCACAGUUCAAGGCACACGUGGUCUUCGACACCGGCAGUACCAACCUUUGGGUGGCCUCCGUCUUGUGCAAG